CAUGGACGCGGUCUUCGUGGAGGAGGUGGCCGCCUCGCUGGUCAGGGAGUUUCUCAGCCGGAAGGGUCUAAAGAAGACGUGCGCGACCAUGGACCAGGAGCGCCCACGCUCAGACCUCAGCGUUAACAGCAGGAAUGACCUCCGCAAGCUUCUGCAUCUGGAGUUUCUCUACAAGGAGAACAAGGCAAAGGAAAAUCCACUCAAAACCAACCUUGAACUCAUCACCAGAUACUUUUUGGAUCUCUGCGGAAAUACUGCCAACAAUGUCGCUCGAGAAGCAGCGAUCCCUGAGCUCUUGGUUCCAAAGAAAAGUGGCCAAGUGCCCCUGAGCUGCUCCGAGGCCACUCUGGUCAACAUCUACGACCUCGGCGACGAGGACGCGGGCUGGAGGGCACGGUCAGGGCCGGGCAGAGCCAGGCAGGACAGCCUUGCCGGGGAUGUUGCUGGGAAUUUCGCCUCGUCCAGAAGGCGCUCCCCCCAACGUAAGCCCGGGCAGAGUGGCCCCUGUGAAAAUCUCCCCCUGGCCCCCACACGGGAGAAGACGGAUGAGAGUCUGUCGUCUGAACUCUCCUCAGACUCCAAGAGGGCGACAGAGAAGAGGAGGCCCAGGUCAGGCCUGCUGGCCCGAGGCAUGAUGGCCAGACCCACCGCCAACUCCCCACAGGACUCCCACCGCAGGCGUGGUCUGAGGUGCUCCCUGGCCCCGAGCAGUGUGCUCCAGCCGCAGGAGGAAGAGGGCCAGAGCGCGCCUGAGCUCUGCGCCCGCACCCCAGCCGGCCCCGGCCUCCCGCCAAGUCUGGCUCUGAGCGGCGCCUCCAGCCCCAGGAGCCCCGGGGGCCCGUUGGUCGAGCCCACCUCAGACAAGCCGGGGACCCUGCCUGGCGGCCCUCCGCCCUUGCCAAGCAGAGGGCCGUCCCCCUGGGAGAGGGGCAGGUGGAGUGACCUUCCGGAGGAGAGCUCAGAAGCCAGCCGGGCGCCCUUGAGGGUCUUGCCCAGUGGGGACGGCAGGACCAACCAGGAGAGGCUGGAAAGAGCGUUCAGGCGGCAGGGCGGCCAGCCCCUGCCUCUCAGGUGGGGACCUGGGCCUCGAACCCGGGUCCUUGUGCACUGUGACGUGUGUGCUCAACCAGGUGCACCUCCUGGCUCCGAAACCCAGGGAGGGCGCGGAAAACAUUUCUCAGCCUCAGGCUCAAAAGAGCUGUCAACCCCGACAGACACAGUGAAUGGACGCAGGAAACAUGAGUCGCCAGUGCCCAGCAAGGCUGCCAGCCAGCCCGACGUUCUGCUGCUCGAGGACGUGGAGGACGAAGUGACCAGAGAAGACGCAGUCCUGUCUCCCCCGCUCCUGUCAGUGCUCAAGCCACAGGCCGCGUCCAGGCCCAUGGACCUCUCAGUCGCCAAGGACAUCAAGAACCUUCUGUUUGGCUCCAGCUUCUGCUGCUUCAGUGAAGAAUGGAGACGCCAGAGUUUUCCCUUCAGCGAGGCAGCCUCCUUAAAAUACGGCAUCGUGCAGCACAAGGGUGGCCCCUGUGGGGUUCUGGCGGCUGUCCAAGGCUGUGUCCUGCAGAAGCUCCUGUUUGACGGCGACAGCACCGUGGACUGUGUGCGGCAGCUGCAGCCUUCCAACUCCCGCAGGACCCACUGCCUCGCCCUGGCCAUUGCAGACAUCGUGUGGCGUGCCGGCGGCCAGCAGAGAGCUGUGAUCACGCUGUCUUCGGGGACACAGCAGUUCAGCCCAACAGGGAAAUACAAAGCAGAUGGCGUCUUAGAAACACUCACGCUGCACAGCCUGACCUGCUACGAGGAGCUGGUGGCUUUCCUCCAGCAGAGCAUCCGGCAGUUUGAAGUGGGCCCCUAUGGCUGCAUCCUGCUCACCUUGUCCGCCAUCCUGUCCAGGACCACAGAGCUCGUCCGCCAGGACUUCGAUGUCCCCACCAGCCACCUGAUUGGAGCCCACGGCUACUGCACACAGGAACUUGUCAAUCUGCUCCUGACCGGGAGAGCGGUCUCCAACGUUUUCAACGACACGGUGGAGCUGAACUCUGGGGAUGGGAGUGUCACGCUUCUCAAAGGCAUCACUGCACGCAGUGACGUUGGCUUCCUGUCCCUCUUUGAGCACUACGAUGUGUGCCAGGUCGGCUGCUUCCUGAAGACGCCGAGGUUCCCCAUCUGGGUGGUGUGCAGCGAGAGCCAUUUCAGCGUGCUGUUCAGCCUGCAGCCGGAGCUCCUGCGGGACUGGCGGGCCGAGAGGUUCUUUGACCUGUACUACUACGACGGCCUCGCCAACCAGCAGGAGCAGAUCCGGCUGACCGUGGACACCACCCAGAUCGCCCCGGAAAACAGAAGCAGAGAGCUGGUCCCACCCCUGGAGCUGUGCAUCAGAACCAAGUGGAAGGGGGCUUCGGUGGACUGGAACGGCUCAGACCCUAUCCUGUGACCCGUCCCGAGGGUAAGCCCUGCGGCCCCCACUGCCCCACAGGGGCGACAGCCGAGCCCCAGGCCUCGUUUGGCUCUCUGGGAGGAGGCCACCCAGCCUGGCAGCACCGCCAUAGAAGCCUCCGGAACUUCCUGCCCUUCGGUGAAGGGUCAGCCCAGAACUGUGAUGAGGGCCAGGGGCGCGGCCCCACGCCCCCUCCCCUGGCAGCUGCGACCCCCGCCACGACUGAAGGAAGCUCUAGGCCUCCGUCUCUGUAUCUGUCCUCCUCCCUCGCUGCCCUCCGGGCUGUCGCCCCACCAAACCUCCGCCCGCGACCCUGGCUACCCCUUGUUUCCAGUAGUGGGUUUUCUAUAAAGAAGAAUCGAAGCCGGGCCAGGG